AUGGGAUUCAGCCGCUUCCACCUCCCCACAGACUACCUGGCCGAGCGGGAGAAGCAUGGUCUGGGCCUGCCCGCGGGAGCCGUCCAGCUGGGUGAAUUCACGGUCACCCUCGAGCCCCCUCCCGACCUGCUCGAAUACAUUGACAAGAACACGCCCAAAGAGGAAGGGGGUGCGCUGCCAAUGUUGACGCACGAGCAGAUCGCAACGCAUGUGGAUGAGGACCACGGCAUCUGGAUCGUGAUCGAUGACCUGGUCCUCGACGUCACAGUGUUCAGGGAGGUGCAUCCCGGCGGCACCCACAUGUUUGACAAGUUUGCAGGCAAGCAGUGUGGAUGGCAGUUCCGCGGCAUCCACCCGCCCGGCACACUGGAUAAGUGGCGCGGCAUGCUGGUUAUUGGACGCACCACACCGCUCGCAAACGAAUACGAGGACCGCGGUGACACCCGAAUGUUCUGA